AUGGAGAAAUUACAACACAUGAUUCCAUCAGAAUCUAAGAAGAGUAAGAAGAACAGCAGCACUUACCGGAUCGUUCUGUUGGGAAAGACCGGAUGUGGGAAAAGCGCCACAGGAAACACCAUCCUGGGACGAGAAGCCUUCCAGUCGGAGGCGUGUCCAACGUCCUGGACUCUCGAUUGUAAGCGGGUUGACGGGGAGGUCCGAGGCACACAGGUGGCUGUCGUGGACACGCCGGGGCUCUUUGACACCAACUUCACCGGAGAGGAAGUGCUGAAGAAGAUCGAAACGUGCCUCUCUCUGGCUGCUCCUGGUCCUCAUGUCUUCCUGGUGGUGGUGAGGCUGGGCAGGUUCACCAGAGAGGAGGAAGAAACCCUAAAGAUUAUUCUGGAAACGUUCGGCGAGGCCGUCACCAGACACUCGAUCCUGCUGUUCACACACGGAGACAAACUGAAGAAACAAACCAUCGAUCAGUUUCUGUCCAAGAGUGAAGCGCUCAUGAGCCUGGUCGAAGGCUUCGCCAACAAAUACCACGUCUUCAACAACGAGUCGAAGGACGACUGGCAGGUCGUGAAGCUGCUGGAGAAAAUCGAGAGAAUAAUCCUGGACAAUGAGGGGAAGUGUUACACCAAAAAGAUGUUCGGGAGGGCGAAAAGGUUGUCGAAGAAGGAGAAACAAAAAGUCUCCAAGGCGCUGAAGGCGGUGGAGCAGCAGAGGAGGAACACGCUGAAGGCUGAGGUGGAGCACGAGAUGAGGGUCACGGGACAGUCCACCAGGAAAAACAAAUGUGUCGUGCAGUGA